AUGGAACCAAAAAACAAACAAACAGACGUAAAUGGGAAAGGAGUUGAAAGAUGUGAAAGGGAGAAGACGAAGAAGGAGGAGAGAAAAGAACUGAGAGUGUCCCUCGUGCGUACGCCGAUGCCAAGACCCUCUUCAGUAGUGAAGGAUGCUAUACGUCAGAUGACGGAUCUAGCGAUGUCAGAUUCGGAUGACGGCUCGAUGGUAAGUGCACCAUCUUGCUCUUCGGGCCGCCUGUUCGAAUCUGUGAGUACAGAAUUACUGGACAGGGAUAAGUCUAGAUUCUGGGAGUCUAGAAAGCGGAGUAGACUGUCGGAGGACGAUGACAGCUCCACUGACGCGCCUAGCAAAGCAGGAAAAAGGAGAGGCAAAGGCCGCCCGCCCACAACGGGCGAAUACAUAGGACUGGCCGAAGCCAAAAGGGCUUAUCUCAAAGCCCAGAGACAGGAGAUGGAGGCUCAAGCUGAGGCUGAGCUGCUUGCUUCGGCUAUUGAGGCGAAAAAGACGCGCUCUAUGUCGCUAGAUGUGACCGACAUGUCCGGACGCGUGCUCCCGAUCGAUAUCCAAGAGAGGAUAGGGGCAAGCAUCGGACUCGUAGAGCAAGUGGCCCAAAAGUCCUCUAAUCUGAAAGGGACUUUUGUCAAAGUUUUGAAGAAGGCGGUUGCGGAGCUAAGGGAGGACACGGCAGUACUGGCACAGCGUACCCUCUCUGAAGAAACGCAAGCGCUUAGGGAGGACAACGCACGGCUCCGUCGCCAGAUUGGGGCGAUGCAGAAGGAGAUGGCGGAGCUGAAAGCUCUUUUCCAGAAGGGGCAGUCAGGACACACUUCCGCCAACAACUUGGAGGAACUGGAGUCGAGAAUGAUGCAACGGGUGACUGACAGAAUCAACGCUCGCAUCGAAGGGCUUGAAGAUCGUCUGAACCCAGAGCCAAACUAUAGGCCCACGCUCAAGGGGAGACUCCGCGACAACCAAAAUAAGGAAGCGGACGUGGAAAAGAGGACUUCUCGCCAGGAGGGCUUCCUUAAGAGAAAAGAUACUCCUGCUGCAACAGCAGGAGAAACUCAGAAGGAAGAUAAGAGAAAGGAGGAAAAGAAGAAGAAGAGCAAGAGUAAGGGAAAGGAUAGGGAAGUGGAGCAAGCUCCAAGCGCCGUGGCAUCAACCUCGGCACCGGUCCUGCCAUCAACCUCCCGCGCUCAGACUCAGGACCCGGCGACCGUUCCUGUACAGGAAACCUGGGCGACAGUGACGAGGAAAGGACGAAAGUCUGCUCCAAAGACAUCGCAGCCUCAAGCGGCUAGGACUCUUCAGCCGCCUCAGACGCGAGAGACACGCGAGCCUGCUCAAAAGAAGACGGCGCCCAAGCCUCGGUUAAAGGUUCCGAGGUCCUCGGCCGUCGUGAUAUCGGUCUCCAAAGAGGCCGAAGGAAGAGGGAGAGUCGCGCUUGCGCGGCGAGCCACUCGGCGAGGGUUCAAGGAAAAUAUGGUUUUACUGAUACCUUACCCUUGCCAAUAG